GGGUGGACACAAUAUGAAACUUGUCUUUUCCUAUUUGCUGAAUAUUUUAAUGCACGAACGUUUGAAGGACUCCGCCGGGAUAUAUAUAAGCAGGGGGUAGCUAGAUUCAAAUCAUAAUUCGCUGGAUUUUAGUUAGUUAUCACAAUAUGAACUCCUUGGCAUUUGCAACAAUCGCUCUGACGAUCAUCUGUUCGUCGACUGCCUCCAUAGUUGGCCAUGGUGCAGGACUUUUGGCACCAGCAGGAGCUGUAUGGGGUCCAGUAGGAGCAUCUGCUAACCUCGUAGCGGGAAUAGGACCAUAUGGAUCUCUAAUUGGACCACACGGCCCAUCAGCAUCUCUCGUAGGCCCAAUCGGUGCAUCUGCCUCUCUCGUAGGUCCAGCAGGUCCAGUUGCAUCUCUUGUAGGUCCAGCAGGCCCUACCGCCAACCUUGUAGGCCCAGCAGGUCCAACAGCAACCUUGGUAGGUCCAGCCGGUCCAACCGCCAACCUUGUAGGUCCAUCCGGUCCAGUAGCCAAUUUGGUAGGCCCAGCCGGUCCAACUGCCAAUCUUGUAGGUCCAAGAGGUCCAACUGCAAACUUGGUCGGCCCAACUGGUCCAACUGCAAACUUGGUCGGACCAACUGGUCCACAAGCCAACUUGAUCGGACCAUCUGGUCCAACUGCCAACCUUGUCGGUCCAACUGGUCCAACUGCCAACCUUGUCGGACCAACUGGUCCACAAGCCAACCUUGUCGGUCCAACUGGCCCAACUGCAAACUUGGUCGGCCCAACUGGUCCACAAGCCAACUUGAUCGGCCCAUCUGGUCCAACUGCCAACUUGGUCGGUCCAACUGGUCCAUCCGCUAAUUUGGUAGGCCCAGCUGGUCCUGUAGCUAAUUUGGUUGGACCCAGAGGUCCAUCUGCCGCUCUUGUUGGACCAAUCGGUGCUUCAGCUAACCUUGUGGGUCCAAUUGGUGGAGCUUCUUUGAUCGGUCUUGGAGCUGGUCCAGCCAUCGGUUUGGGAGGUCCAGGAUUGGCUUUGGGAUCUUUGGGUCUUGGAAUUGCUACUUCAGGUGCUAUCGGCGUUCCUGGAGCCAUAUUGGCUUCUCCAGGUAUUGCUGUAGGACGAUUGGGAUAUGGUGCCAUUGGUGGAGGUCACGGAGGUGUUUUAGUAGGACCAUCCAGCGGUCUUCUAUUGAAAUCAGGUCUUCGUCUACACUGAUCAACUCAGGAAUGAUACAACAAGUUUGCUCUUGAUGCACUGCCAAACGUUCAUACCUCUUCCUUCUUCUAUUUAUCUUUUCAAUAUUUGUUUAUGUGAUAUAUUUGAUUGUUACCUGUCAGAUCCUAGUCUCUGUAAAUUGGACUCAAAUAUAGCAUUUUGAAUAUAAA